CUCCCCUUAGUUUAAGCUUAGCGAAACUUUCAAACAGGGCCUGUCGCUGUCGUCAUUUCCCUAAUAUCAAACGGAAACUGGCAAGUCCACCAAAUAGAGAAAAGCGACGAGAGGUGAUGCUUUGACGAAUAAAUAAUCGAAUAGCUUAACAAAAACAUUAAGGAACUGUUUGCAGUUGCUCGCUUUUAUACAGCGCUGUCGACGAAAGACCCACAACAAUGUCUGCCCAAGCUCAAAUGAGAGCGUUGCUCGACCAGCUCAUGGGAACAGCGAGGGACGGUGAGUCGCUGUUGCAUGCUAGCUGAGCUAGCUAGCUAGCCAAGAUGGAGCCACUGCUGCGGCUGGCUUGUGUUGGUGUGUGAUGGCAGACCUGCAUGAAUGGAUAUAGUACUGCAGAGGGCUGUGUAAAAUACAGUAAUAUUAGAGUCAAGUAGCUUCUACGGAUUAACGUGAGGAUUUAAUGUUUGUAUCCAUUAAACAUCAGGUUGAUUUAAAUAGUGAUUCACUGUUUUAGUUUUCUCUUUAUUUCAGCAUUAACGACAUUUCUAGCUUCAGCUAAGUUAGCUUCCAUGCUACCUAGCUUUGAACGAUGUACAACAAUUCAUCAAUCCCUGGCAUUCAUUAAAAAAAACUAUUGCUGUUUUAGUGGAUAGCGUUAACGCCACUGCGUUACAUUCACAAAACUCAAAGUUGAUACGCUAUAAAGAAGCCCCAUGCUAAGCGUCUCACAGGGCCCGUCAGUCAUUGCUGAAUUAGUAUCAGGCUUAAUGAACUGUAUUAACGUUACUCAACUAAUACUUUUGAUGAUUUGACAUCGUCAUAAUGUGAGAGGGCCGGUGCAUAAGAUUAUUAGCAUCGCUGUCCACUGAAGCUCAGUAGUGUUGGAAACAGUACUCUCAUCUCUAAAAGUAAAAAUACUCAACUACGAGCAAAGGUCCUGUGUUCAUAAUCUUUCUACAGUAAAACUCCCCGAGCAUGAUUAGCAAUAUCAUGCUUAAAUCCUGCAUAUUAGGUAAAACACUUAAAAUGCAAUACAUUAUUACCAUUUUGCAUUGCAAGUUGAUCAUAAUUUGAUCAGCUAAGCAAUCUGUAACUCCAGCUGUCAGAGUACUCCAGCAGGGAGUAAAAAGUACAAUAUGUUCCUCUUGGUAGAAGCAUAAUGUAGCAUUCCAUGGUAAUAUUCAAGUGAGGCAAAAGUACAUUACGUUUGCACUUGAUUUUACUGAAAUGAGCUGCAAUGCUGCUCGUUAUUUUAAUGAUUUAUAAUCUAAUUUAAAAGUGAUAUCUAUGUGACCUACUAACCUAUAUUUGGUUAACCCAUACAAAUGCAAAUCUGUUGUCCUUAGCAAGGCACUUUGAUUUGCUAAAAUACCAGUUUAGUAAUUGCUUCCAGCAAUUUGGAUACAAACAUUAAGAGGUAACCCAGCUGUCGAGUCUGAUUUUCAUGGGCAGAAGUGACAGCUUAGUGCUGCCCUGUUAUUGUAUAAAUCAGAGGUUCAUCCUGACAGUUGAUUGAAUGGAACUGUGGAUUAUCUUCUAACACGUUGAUAAUUUGAACUCAACAGUAAUAAUGAAUUUGUGUUGUGAGUUUGUGGGUGUAUGUGUGAUGAGAUUGAUAUCAAAUUCUUCCCAUACAUUUGUUGCAUACAAACUGAACAAUUGUGGCCCCUUUAUUUUAUUCAUUAAGGUUCAGUGUAUCUUUGCCAGCCUACAACAAUCUGCAAAGGAGUUGCAGAAAAGCCUCAUGUUCAUCGAGCCGUGAGUCACACAUAAUUUUUAAAGCUGUUAUGAUGAAUAUCCAAACCAUUUGUUUGCCUUCCGGAAGUUAUUGUAGCUUUUUUUUUUUUUUUCUUUUUUUUUUAGUCACACAAAUGGGUAUAUCUUCAGUGGCACUAGAACUACAAUUUGCAGUAGUUUUAUGCAGCUUGAGCUAAGACGUCUGAUCGCGCAGAAUCCAAAGGAGCAGUUCUCAGUUUUCAGAAGGCAAUUUUAGCAAUCGUCGAGGAAGAAAAAACAAACAAACUUGGCACACAUCAUUUACAAUCUGACUUGUGUAUGACUCCCAACUUCUUACUACAGGUAUGGGCAAGAAAACUGUUCCCAUUUAUACUUUUCUACAGCGGGUUUAAAAUUCUGCAGCUGAGGUCUUGAAGAUGCAGAAGGGUACAGUAUGUGGUGCAGAUCACAGUGUGUAUAAACUAAUUUUUUUCCUUGGAAUUCUUUUAUACUUUUGUUUUCAAUUUCUUUUCAAUGUUUCGUAUUUGUAAAAGGCUUGGCUGGAACAUUUGUCUGAAAUGUUUACAUCUUCCCUGUAUAGUCGUAUGCAUUGAAGUGUAAUGAAAACAUUAUAAAAUCAAGGUACACCUGUUCACACAAGUUAAUUGAAAUACAAGUUCAUAUUUAUUUACCUGUUUUGUGUCCUUAUUAGCUUAGUCUCAUAAUGCUCCACUUUUACAGAGGAGACACUGAGCCUUAUCACAAGUUAAACUGAGUUGAGGCACUAACAUAGCCAUGUUUUUAUUGAGGCUUGGGUAUGGUAAGCACCAAGAAUAAUAGGAAGUUCCAUAUGCAGAGCCACAUGUAACUUUUACUCCUUCAAUCUUGGCACAUAAAUGGAUGUUAAACAUAGUCCAGCGGAGACACAGUAUUUAUUAUUGGUCAUUAAUGUCAUACAAAUGAAAUGUCUGUAAAACUUUGACAAUCAGAAAUAAAAUAAUUGGUUUUCACUCAUUUAGGUGGGUACAGAAUCCUUGAAUGCAGUUAUAGUGACGCCUAUCUGCCCGUUUCAUGUUGUACAAUUACAGUCAUGUAUAUGAAAUCACUGGUGACCUCGCCCCUGAUAACAAAUAUGUGAGGUCUUUCUCACUGGUCGUUUUUUGGACUGUUUCAGGGGAUGAGACGCGACAGAGGGUCAAGUUCACUGACGAGCGAGUCUGCAAAAGUCAUCUUCUAAACUGCUGUCCACAUGACAUCCUGUCUGGAACUCGUAUGGACCUGGGAGAGUGCACGAAGAUCCAUGACCUGGCACUUCGGGCAGAUUAUGAAAUUGCCUCCAAGGACAGAGAUCUGUUCUUUGAGCUGGACGCGGUGGAUCACCUGGAGUCCUUCAUUGCCGACUGCGACCGGAGGACAGAAUUGGCCAAGAAGCGCCUGGCUGAGACUCAGGAAGAGAUCAGUGCUGAGGUGGCAGCAAAGGCAGAGAAGGUUCAUGAGCUGAAUGAAGAAAUAGGGAAGCUCCUGGCCAAGGCGGAGCAGCUUGGAGCGGAGGGCAACGUCGACGAGGCCCAGAAGGUCCUGCAGGAAGUCGAGAAGGUCCGCACUAAGAAGAAGGAUGCAGAGGAAGAGUACAGGAACUCCAUGCCAGCCUCCAGCUUUCAGCAGCAGAAGCUGCGGGUGUGCGAGGUGUGCUCCGCUUACCUGGGUCUCCAUGACAAUGACCGUCGUUUGGCUGAUCAUUUUGGUGGGAAGCUUCAUCUGGGCUUCAUCCAGAUCAGAGAGAAACUGGACCUACUAAAGAAAACUGUGGUCGAAAAGCAGGAGAAAAGGAACCAGGAGCGCUUAAAGAGACGAGAAGAGAGGGAGAAAGAGGAAAAGAUGAAGAAGAGGACCAGAUCACGGAGCAGAGAGCAUAAAAGGUCCCGUUCUCGUGACCGCAGAAGGAAGCGCUCGCGCUCCGCAUCACGAGAAAAGCGCCGUUCGCACUCGCGCUCCAGGGAGAGGAAGAGAAGGCAUCGCAGCCGAUCCCGCUCUCGCAGUAGAGGACACCGUCACAACCACGAGCAGAGCUCCAGACACAAGUCGUCCAGGGACCGAGAGCGCUCAUCCAGAGACGGGUCACGGGAGCGAGACAGGAAGGACGGUAUGAACGGCAGGUCAGACUCCCGCCGCGCAGACGACGGGGACAUGGGGGACCUCUGAGGACCAAACUCCAUCCAUCACGACACACCGCCUCCUCCCGUCUCUCUCACCUGUCUGUCCCUUUAUAAUAACCUAAUGUCACACGCAGUCCUCGCCUUGACCCAUCUGUUCUCCCGCCUGCCUCCUUUCUUUGCUUUAACAGUUUAUGCAUCCGACCCAGAGUGUACACGUACAUGUAUAUCAGAAGAUUUCAUUUGAACAUUUGGGGGAGUUAGUUGUUGAUCAGUAGUGGAGUGUAUUGUAAUACCCACAUCUGUGACUUGGUGGCUGUCUGUAUCCAACACACACGUCUUGUUGUAAACUACCCCGCGAUGUGUCCAACAGAUAAAGCAAACACUUACAGAAAAGUGUAACUGAUCCAUAGUAUUAUUAACUGAUGGUCUUUUGAUAACGAAUCUGAAUAUCUUGUAUCUGAAUAUGUUUUGGACUGAUUGAUUGUUGUGUUCUGAAGAGCCUCGUCCCAUCAAUAAGGUAUUUUUUUUCCAUCUCCCUCUGAAGGUUUCUUUUCACCAGCUCCUGAUAAACUGCAGGACUGCAGUUCCCGAAUAUCUGUCCACAUUUUUCUUUGGUCCCGUACUUAGUUCGCUAAAGCCCGGUUACACUUUUAGGAACCCAAUUCAAAACCAAAAGGUUAAAGUUACGAAUAUUAGUAUAGUAUCAACCUUGUGUUUCCCAUUGUCCUCUUCUUUUUUAAAUUUUUUUUUAAUUUUAGCUAAUCAACUGUUAUCUUAUGCUGCUGGUAGUGAAAGGAUCUAUUUGAUUGAGAGUUUGGCCAGUAUAAGUAAACACUUGUUUUGAAUUGUCGGUGGCAAGGUUCUUGUUUUAUAUUUUGUUUCCAUCUUGAUUUCUUUUAUUUAAGAUAAAUUGUAACUUCAAAAUUCGUGUCGGCAUGUGAAGCAGUAGGUUCAGAAAUUAUACAUUAUAAAUUCAAUGCCAUAACUGUACAUACAUUUUUAUUAGUCUUUAUGUUGGUCCAAUUUGGACAAAUUCCUCUGAAUAGAUUUAUAAUUGCAAACAGAUUUGAAUGGAUGCAUUGCUUCACCUAAUGUGUGAAGUCAUAUCUGUUUAUGUUCUGCUGGAAAAAUUUCUUUAAAGUCUCAAUAAAAAUUAAAAAAGAAUCGC